AUGUUCGUGUGCUUGCUGAAGUACAUGGGAGAUCAGCCAUCAAGGCGAAGCCGACUUGGCACCGACCUUACCGACAGCAUUUUCAAGCCUGCAAUCGCUCACGAAAUCUUACGCGAUGAGCUCUACUGCCAACUUCUUCGCCAACUCACGAUGAACCCUUCAAUGCUGUCGGAAGAGAGAGGAUGGGAACUGGUUUGGUUGGCAACGGGUCUGUUCUCUCCCAGUACAAGCCUUCUGAAAGAAGUCGUACACUUUUUGAAGUCACGACAUCAACCCAUCGCGCACGAUUGUCUCCUCCGGAUAAUGAAGAUGAACAAAGGAUAUUCUCGCAAAUAUCCACCACAUCUGGUAGAAGUGGAAGCGAUUCAGCACAAAACAACGCAGAUCUUCCAUAAGGUCUACUUCCCGGAUCAAUCUGACGAAGCGAUCGAAGUGGAAUCAUCAACAAGAGCACGUGAUUUCUGUCGGCGAAUAGCUCAGCGAUUAGGGCUGAAGAAAUCGGAUGGUUUUUCGUUGUUCGUCAAAAUCAAAGAAAAAGGAGAACUCGAUAAUUCCCGUUAA